GGAUUGUAUCUGGAUCACAACAGAAAAGAGCUCAGAAACUCUUUCUGUGCUCUUUAACUCUCAGUAAGAACAGGCAUGGAGCUCGGCUCGGUGGUUGGUGCUGUCAGGAGCAACAGAGUGCUGCUUGGUAAUGAAGCGAGACCAGCUGUCAUAACAAUUAAAGAUGGUAAAAUCCACCAAAUACUUUCUGGCUGCAACUUUACUGAGGAUGUUGGCUGUGAGGUGCUGGAUGUGGGGGACAGCAUGGUGAUGCCAGGCGUCGUAGACUCCCACGUUCAUGUGAACGAGCCGGGCCGCACCUCGUGGGAGGGCUUCUGGACGGCCACCAGGGCCGCCGCGGCGGGAGGAGUGACAACGAUUGUGGACAUGCCCUUGAACAGCGUCCCUCCAACCACAACACUCAGAAACUUUGAAGAGAAGCUGCAGGAGGCCACGGGGAAGUGCUUCGUGGACGUAGCUUUCUGGGGAGGAGUCAUUCCUGGGAAUCAGCGUGAACUUCGACCUAUGAUCAAGGCAGGCGUUGCUGGCUUCAAGUGUUUCCUCAUCCACAGCGGUGUUGAUGAGUUUCCCUAUGUGGCUGAAUUUGACCUCCAUACGGCCAUGAAGCAGCUCCAGGGAACAGGAAGCGUCUUGCUGUUUCAUGCAGAGAUGGAUGUUCAGCCAACAACGGGGAACAACGCUGAUGAGUCAGACCCUUGCCAGUAUGACACCUUUCUGCAGUCCCGGCCUGAUGUCAUGGAGGUAGAAGCUAUUCGGACCGUUGCAGAACUCUGUCUGCAGUACCGAGUGCGAUGCCACAUUGUUCACUUAUCAUCUGCAAAGGCCCUUAAGCUGAUCCAGAAAGCUCGGCAAGCUGGCGCUCCCCUAACGGUGGAGACCACCCAUCAUUACCUCAGCCUGUGUGCAGAAAGCAUUCCUGCGGGAGCCACACAGUUUAAGUGCUGCCCUCCCAUCCGAGGCUCUGCUAACCAGGAGCAGUUGUGGUCUGCGCUGAAAACUGGACAGAUUGACAUGGUGGUGUCUGACCACUCCCCCUGCACACCCGACCUUAAGAAACUGGAGAGCGGAGACUUCACGCAGGCAUGGGGAGGGAUUUCAUCGUUACAAUUUGGUUUGCCUCUGUUCUGGACUUCAGCCAGUAAGAGAGACUUUCAGCUGGGUGAUGUGGUGAGGCUCCUCAGCAGAAACACGGCCCAUCUGAGCAGCCUGGGGAACCUGAAGGGCAGCCUGGCCCCUGGCUUUGAUGCCGACUUGGUCAUUUGGGAUCCAGAGACAGGCUUUCAGAUCGAAGAAGCAAGUAUUCACCACAAAAACAAGAUGACCCCAUACCUCGGCUCCACGCUGCAGGGAGUGGUGCGUGCGACCGUCCUGAGGGGCCGGCUGGUGUACAGAGAUGGCAGCUUCUGCCCUGAACCUCUGGGAAAGCAUCUCCUCAUCCCCCAGAGGACGGGUCAAGCACAACUGUAGCAAACACAAACAAUAAAAACUCAGUCCAUUUGGAAUAUUGGGGAUUUAAUUGGUCUGACCUUAAAUGUGUGUUCUUUUCCUUUUUUGUAAAGAGCACAUAGCUUAAAGUUCCCAUAUGAGCUAAUAGCUAUUAUUUGAAAAUUGACUUUAAACAACUUAAGUGUUUAAGCUAAAGUAAAAGAGAAUCAACAGUUCAGCUUUUAUGUCUGUGGCUAAAUAUUACUGAGUACAGAGGACAGCCCAGCACCAUACAUUAGCUUUUGACAUCAACAGAAAGCAGAGAGUCUGCUUCGUUGACUUCAUGGACUGCUUCUCUUCCCAAACAGCAGAGGGAGAGUACCAAUCAGAGGAACUGAUUGAAGGAGCUGUAUUACUGCAACUUACUAUUGGAUUUAAAGUGUAUAUGUUAACAUUUUUAUGUCUUUCAAGACUGAGAGUCAUAGUAAAAUCAUUUAUGGCCUCCCUGUUCUGGAAAAAUACUGAAUUUGAGGGUGAUAACUCUUCCAACUGUUGACAUGGUUUUAAGGUAUUAAGAACUUUUGCACCUCCUGAAAGCCAGGUGAAAAGAAGACUGCAUAAAGGUCAAACGUGUUACAACAAACAUUUUACUAAAGUUAUUUCAAAACGUG